CGAUUCCUUUCGUUAAAUUACUUUGGCUCGGCGUUCUCCGUCGCUAUGCCGUGCCAAUAGCGAAAAAAACGUUGGCCAAAUUACCCAGGCACGGUAAUUUCCGAGCCAACUCUGGACGUAUAUAAGUAAAUUUUGUGGUCUUAGACACACCCUAAAAUCGUCUCCUCUGUUUGCCUGAGGUUGCUGUUCUUCUCCAAAUUCGGUCCGAGGUUGCUUUUGUUUCAGGAUGUCUGCUAGCAGAGGGAGCUUUAGCUCUUUCAAUUCAGGCAGAGGUCGAGGUAGGGGAAGGGGUGCAGCCACCCAAAAUUCGGGCCAGAACUCUCAUGUGAAUGAGUCUGUUGAGUCCGUCCAUUCAAGAAAUUCUGGUGCCGAGCAAGAUACUGGAUUUACUUAUGAGCCUGAACAAUCACAACCCAAAAUUUGGAUCCGACCUUCUCAGAUUCGGAGUAAUCCUACUGUCCUAGACGCCAUCAUUGAUACGAUAACAUCAAAUUAUCAUGGGCCUUGGCACUCCUUCAAGCAUGCUGAAUCUAAGAAUUCCAACAGAUGGUGGCGUUUGUUUGAGCAAAAAUAUCGGUGGGAACCCCACCAUGGAGCUGCUAUAAAAAAGAAGUUUGGUUCUCGUGGAUCCGAAUGGUUUAGUAAAAAUAUAGGCCGAGCUAGACGUGAGAACACGAAGCCAAAUUGGGUUGCUGAAAGAGAUUGGUUGGUUUUGAAAGAGUAUUGGGCUAGUGAUGCUUUUAAGAAAAAAAGUAUAGCAGGUAAAAAAAAUCGCAACACUGAUGCAGCUAAAGAAUCACAAUAUCGUGGAGGGCGCAUUCCAGUCACGGCUCAUGUGGCCAAAAUGACUGAGAGUUUAAAUCGGCCACCAUUGAAAAUUGAGGUGUAUGAGAAGGUUUAUGUGCCCAAGAACGGUGAUCUGCCUGCUCGUGUUGUCGAAACCCGGAAUAAGUACAAUGAAAUGAAGGCCGUUGCUGAAUCUAAAGGGAAGUCCUAUGAUAAAGACGAUUCGGAGUUGUUUUGCAAAGUUGUCCCGAAGUAUAGAGGGCGCCGUUAUGGUACCGGGUCAGAAGCUGAAUCACUUGAAAGCGUUGAUGGCCCUAGCCGUGUCUGUGGGACAACUCAAGAGGAAAUAGAUCAGCGUAUUCGGGAGGAGGUUGAAGCUCGCUUUGCGCAGCACAAGCAGCAGGUUCAAGCUCAAAUGGCUGCUCAAAUGGCCUCGAUGUCUGGAGCGUUUAUGGCUUAUAUGGAGCAAGUGCGCAGCAGCAACCCUUCCAUCCCGUUGCCCGACUUUUCUGGUUUUCGAACCCCGACUUUGGUGCCCACGAACGGCUUCAACGGUGAUUCUAACUUUCUGGUUUUCUUAUGAAAACUUUCUGGACAACCUGUUGUGAUUUUGGACAUUUGGUGCUAGUUUUUGGACAAUUGACUAUGUAGCUGUGAACUAAUUUUGAAAGUCUUAUUUCUGGUUGUUUGACUUUGACUUGCUUUUGUUUCUGCA